AUGUUUUUAUGUAACUUUUUCCACUAUUUUUCUGUCGAGUGUUCCAACAAUGGGACAGAAUCUACGGGAAAUUACAACAACGUCGAGCUCCGAGGCGAUGCCGAUGAUAAAAAAAUUAUUAUGAAAACAAUAUCAAUUUCCACAAGUACGGGCAGCACUUCAAUUGGCAGCGAGAAGCAUCUCGUAGAUGUGCAAAGUUUGUCGUCAUCGUUAAUGGAACCAAAUGAAAAUGCGGCGAAAAUAAUGCAAAGGAUUGAAGGAGAUAGAUUCUCGUUCGAACAACGAGACGAUGAUGAUGAACGCAGCAGCAGCAACGGCAACAACGACAAAGACGAGAAAGGAGGAAGUAAACAAAUUUUAUCAAGAAAACGGAGAUAUCUUAGCUUUCCAUCCGGCAGCAGUUUUCAAGUUGUUUAUGAUCAAACGAUUCCCAUCAUCAACUUAAUCGACAUUUUCACAAUUGGCGUAACCGUUGCUAUUGCAUGGGCCCUUCCAUCCGAACCUUUGUACAAAAUUCACGAGCAAAUCUUGGACAAGUACAAACAAGUCGAAACAAAUCGCAUCGACGAAAUCAAACAAGAGCUGCUGCAAGAGAAAAUGGACAAAGUUGCAAAUAUCAAGCACGAACCCAAAUAUCCGACAAAUCAAACGACGACGACGUCAGAUAACGUAAAUCACUUGUACCUCACACCGCUAAAUUGGAAUAAGAAUGACUGGGCCACGGUAAUUCAAAGGAUUGCAGCAAUCAAGCCGCUACAACAACAACAACCGCAGCCAACGAGACGAAUGCGUUACUACCCGGUCUUCGGUAAACGGAGUGUAAAUGAACGUUAUGUAAAUCACGAAGAUAUGUUUUAUGCACAUCAUCAUCGGGCAUCGCGUCAAACGUUGUAUGAAAAAAUCGAGAAAUUUCUGGAAGCGAAGGGACUUGAUGGAAUGCAAUGUGUUUUAAGAGCACUUUGCGAAACUGGACAACGAUCGAAUAAUCACGAGCCCGGAACGUUUUUACAGGAAAUUAUGAGAGCGGUUUUUAGUUUGCCGGGUCAAGUGAUAAGUGAGUCGAUAAUGCAUGAAAAACAUCAAAGUUACGAUGAGGCGCAUUCGCAUGAAGAGGAUUGUCAGGAGAAAUACAGUAGAUGCAAUCAUAGUAUUUGGGAUUCAAAUUUUUUGUUCUAA